AUGCCACAAAUAAAACAAAAAAUUCCUAAAACUCGUCAUAAAUCUAUUGAUAACUGGCAAUCAAGCUCAAGCAGUCGCGAGGAAGCAUGGGAAAGACUUCACAAAAAAAAUGUUACUAUUAUUUACAAUGGAAACGCCGCUAUGGAAGAACUGAUAGAACGAUUUGAGAAUCCUACGAACUCCAAAAAUUUCGUUAAAGAAGAUGAACUCCAUCAGUUAAGCCUAGAUGGGAAAUCGAAAUCAAACAGUAACGACGAGGAAGCUAAGUCUGCUGAAAACUUUAGAGAUGUCAAGAAGUGGAUCUCUGAAUUACCUGCAACAGGCGAUUUUCAAAUAAGUAGAUGA